AUAACGACAUGGACUUGAACUAGACGACUCUCUCUCUCUCUCUAUCUCUCUCUCUCUCUCUAAGUUUUUGAGCAUUGCAAAAUACUACUCCAUGACAUCGGAAACAAGGUCAUCAUUAGCAUUCAUGUCAUCGGAAACAAGGGCACCUGUACCCUUGUUGUAUCGAAGGCGAUCAACCGAUGAUAUCAACAACUUGGCCACGGUUUCAAGCAGCCUCUUACCGGCUUUCGGGACUGUUGUGGGUGAAGGAUCUCUGCACCUAAGAAAAUAUGUCAUCGCGCCGUAUGAUCGUAGAUACCGGUGGUGGCAAACAUUUCUUGUGGUGCUGGUGGUGUAUUCUGCAUGGUCAUCUCCUUUUGAGCUCGCCUUUAAGAAGAUGGCAACCGGUUCACUCCUUCCCAUUGAUCUGGCCGUGGAUGCCUUCUUUGCUGUUGACAUUGUUCUAACCUUCUUUGUGGCUUACUUGGACAAAUCGACCUAUCUUCUUGUAGAUAACCACAAGAAUAUAGCACUGCGGUAUGUGACAAAUCUAUGGUUCCCAAUGGACAUAGCCUCGACUCUGCCAGUUCAGUCCAUAUACCGGGUCUUCACUGGAAAAAUGCACCAUGGUGAAGUUUUUGGCUUCCUUAACUUGCUUCGGCUAUGGCGACUCAGACGUGUUAGUGAACUCUUCACAAGGUUAGAGAAAGAUACACGCUUCAGCUACUUUUGGACAAGAUAUAUCAAACUAAUAUGUGUGACGCUAUUUGCAGUACACUCAGCAGGGUGCUUCUACUACUGGCUUGCCAUCCAUCAUAAAUCACUCGAUAACACAUGGAUUGGAGCUCAGGUUCCAGGUUUUGAACAUAGAAGCAUCUGGGUGGGAUACACCUAUUCCAUAUAUUGGUCAAUUGUCACCCUCACAACAGUUGGCUAUGGAGACUUGCAUGCAGAGAAUACAGGAGAGAAGAUUUUCAAUAUCUUCUAUAUGCUAUUCAACAUUGGCCUAACAGCAUAUCUAAUUGGAAAUAUGACCAAUCUCAUUGUCCACAGUGCAGUCCGAACCUUUGCCAUGAGGGACACCAUCAAUCAGAUUUUGCGAUAUGCAAGCAAGAAUCGACUUCCAGAAAGUUUGAAAGAGCAAAUGCUGGCAAAUAUGCAACUGAAAUUUAGGACAGCAGAAUUACAGCAGGAAGAAGUGCUUGAAGACCUACCUAAGGCAAUUAGAUCAAGUAUCGCUCAGCAUCUUUUUCAUGGAACUGUGGAAAAUGCCUAUCUCUUCAAAGGAGUUUCUGAAGACCUUAUCAUCCAGCUGGUGUCCGAAAUGAAAGCUGAAUAUUUUCCACCAAAGGUUGAUAUCAUCUUACAAAAUGAGAUACCUACGGAUUUCUACAUUCUAGUAUCUGGAGCAGUGGAUGUCGUGAUAUACAAAAAUGGCACGGAGCAGUUCUUGUCAAAAUUAGGGGCUGCAGACAUGGCAGGAGAAAUAGGGGUACUUUUUAAUAUCCCACAACCUUUUACGGUGAGAACUAAGAGGCUUUCUCAGGUCAUCCGGAUUAGUCAUCAUCAAUUCAAGCAAAUGGUGCAGCCACAUAAUCCAGAUGGAAAGAUAAUCAUCUCCAACUUUAUACAGUAUUUGAAGGGAUUAAAGAAAGAGUUGCUUGAAGAGAUGCUAUUUGUAAAAGAUUUGUUGGAUGAGUUCAAUACAGAGCAUAUAGAAUCUGUUGAGGGACAACAACAUCACGAAGCGCCAAAUUAUAGUAGAGACGCAACUAUUGAAGGAACACCAACAACUUUUACUCCCUUAUCGCGCCCGCUUCCCCUGAGGGUCAUAAUACAUGGGCAUCAUCCAGAUGAUAAAACAACGGAUGGUGAUAAAACAGGAAAACUUAUCCACCUUCCUGACUCAGUAGAAGACCUUCUGAGUUUAGCAGAAAAGAAGUUUGGCAAAAAAGGAAGCACAAUUCUCAUGGCAGAUGGCUCUCAAGUGGAAGAAUUGAGUGCUGUAAGAGAGAACGACCGCUUGUUUAUAUUUUGAGCACUAAUAUAAAUUGAGUGUAUAUCAACUGAAACUUCAAUUGCUUUGAUCUGUGAAAGUAUGAUACGCAUGACUAACAGAAAAUGGAGUGAGUUUGUAUAAGACAAGCUAUAGAGUGCCAUGAUAAAGAAAAUCUGCAACCCAAUGCUUGGACAUCGAACAGAAGAAUACUACAAGAUUAGCAUGUAUAAUCAA